GCAUUUGUCUGUCCGACAGAGGCGGAGCAGGCUUGUCAUGGCAGAACGUCAAGUCAGCACCGAGAAAUGCACGAAUCUCAAACUCGGAAUUACCUGCGAAUCCCAAACUCAGGUCAUCAAAUACACCUUGACCAGUCUUAAGAAAUCCCCCUUCAGAGCUGUAUAAAUAUGCCUGACCCACCCUUCACCAACCCCUACCCUCCCACUCAAGCCACGUAGUAUCACAUACUCAAAAUCCAUCAUGAAGUUCACUCCCGUUCUCUUACUCCUCUUUGCCAGCGUUUCUCUAGCUGCUCCAGCUGGCUUGGACGGCGCCGACAUCGAGGCCAAACCUGACAACACCCAUGCAACAAGGGAGAAGCACGCAGGAGUGAUCGGUGAUGACGCCCACAUCACAAGAGAGAAUCAUGCCGGCGUGAGCCCUGAUGACUCCCACAUGACAAUUGGUGAUAGCCAUGCCACCUUCAUUCCCGACGAAAAUGACGCCGAGGCCAGCCCCAACGACGCCCAUGCCACAAGAGACGAUAGCCACGCUAGCCGCUGAAGUCAGAGUUGAUGCGGACCCUGACAUAUAGGGGGGAGAUGUUGCUGCGGCAGACGGAUUUUCAUAAUUGCGCGCAUGUACAAGGGAUCUUUGUUGUUGAGAGGGAGAUCUGCAAUCAUGGGUCAUAGUUGGGAUACUCAUGUUGAGUUAUUUGGAUUCAAGUGUCAUCUAUCCUCAGUAGCCAAUACAGCUUCCAUCUAUGUA